CUUUUCCAUCGCGGACCGUGCUCAGUUACGAGCGGACCUCUGACGGGAGCGGAACUUGAAAAAGUCCCGCCAACAGCCAGAACAGAGAUGUUCUUCUCGCGAAUCAGGAAUAUAGUGGCACCUCUGUGCUGUCUUUUGGUUGUGAGUAGUUUAUUAGUGAACAAUGUAGACUGUGCAAAAAAGGCUGCUGCGAGCUCCUCGGACGCCACGAUCGAGGAAGUCUCGUCGAAACAGUUGGAGCGGAUACUAGAGGAUAAGGAUUACGUCGCGGUGUAUUGGUAUGCCCGUAGCUGUACGACAUGCGACACAGUAUUAGCCGAACUCGAGCACAUCGACGAUGACACCGAUUCUUUCGGUGUCGACUUUGUCAAAGUAAACGAUAAACGACUAGCAAAACAAUAUGGCAUCACGAAAUUCCCCGCCCUCACCUACUUCAGAGAAAAAGAACCCAUCAUCUACGAAGGUGACCUGAUGGACGAAGCUGGCGUGCUGGACUUUUUGACCUCUCUCGAAGCGAUGGAUCUGCCCGACCGAAUCGAAGAGGUCAACUCCAAAAUCCUGUCCAAAAUUAUCGAGGAGUCCGACUACGUAGCCGUUCUUUUCUGCACAAAUCACGAAAACUGUCCACCUGGGAACAACAAUAAGCCCGAGUGCAAGAAAUGCAUUAAGGCCCUCCAGGAGCUGGAGAACAUCGAUGACGAAGCCGAUGAACUGGAUAUCGGUUUCGUGAAGAUCCACGAUGAAGACCUUGCCGAAGAAUAUAAUCUGGGACCACUGCCAAAACUGGUGUAUUACCGCCACCAGACCCCCAUCGUUUAUGAGCAUGAACUUCAAAGAGAGGAGGAUGUGCUGGAAUGGCUCGUCGAGAACAAAGCGACAGGCGAUGAGGAUGAUGUGAUCGAGGAGGUGAACGCCAAAACUUUGAAGACAUUGAUCUCCAACAUCGAUAAUCUGGUUGUGUUGUUCUAUGACGAAGGAGAUGAAGAGUCAGAGAGUGUGUUGCACGAGCUAGAAAAUAUUGACGACGACUGCGCAAAGCACGGCAUCCAGUUCGUCAGAAUCGAUGAUCCCAAGGUUUCCAAGGAAUACGGCAUCGAUGAUAUCCCAGCCAUUGUGUACUUCGAGAAGGAAAUUCCUAACGUUUAUGACGAUGACCUCAGCGACGAAGAAGAGAUUCUACAGUGGUUGCUGUCACAGUUGGAAAAGGAUGAAAUCGAAGAUGUUACCGAUGAAAUGCUGGACAAGCUGAUUAAGGAAGGCAAAUCGGUUGCCGUUUUGUUCUAUGACAACAAUGACAAGAAAUCGGAAAAGAUCCUGAACGAACUGGAGAACAUCGAUGAUGAGUGCGAUCAGCUGGGCAUUAACUUUGUCAAGAUGGACGACACCGAGGAGGCAAAGGAUUACGGUGUGACCAAGUUCCCCAAGUUGGUCUACUUCGAACAGGGCAUUCCAACCAUUUACGAGGGUGACAUGGAGAACGAGGAAGAAGUACUCGAUUGGCUCGAACGCCAGACCAGCUCGGACGAGAUUGAAGACGUCACCGAUGAGAUGCUCGAUAUGAUCAUCGAAAAGAUGCAGCACGUUGCUGUUCUGUUCUACGACAAGGACUCCAAGGCCUCCCAGAAGGUGCUGGCUGAGCUGGAAAACAUCGAUGACGAGUGUGACCAGAAUGACAUCGCCUUCGUCAAGAUUGAUGACGACAGCGAAGCUCAAGAGUGGGGCAUCGAAGAACUGCCAACUAUGAUCCUCUUUGAACGUGGCAUUCCACAUAUUUACGAAGGAGAUCUCAUGAAGGAGGAAGAACUGUUGGGAUGGUUGGUACACCAGAAGAGACAUUCGGAAAUUCCAGAGAUUACCGACGAAAUGAAGGACAAGCUGAUGCGAACAUAUGAUCACGUUGCGAUCAUCUUCUACGACAAGGACGACAAGCAGGAUAUCCGCGUGCUGAACGAGCUCGAGAACAUCGACGAUGAGCUCGAGAAGGAAGAAAUCGUCAUCGCUCGUCUGGACAACGCCGAAGAGGCACGCGAGUACGGUCUCGAUCACCUGCCCGCUUUGGUAUACUUCGAAAAUGAAAUACCCGCUAUCUACGAGGGGGAUUUGAUGAACGAAGAGGAGGUGCUCGAGUGGUUGAAGCUGCAAAAGUACUCCGCCACCAUUGAGGAGGUCACCGAUGAGAUCCUGCAGGAUUUGAUCGAAGAACACGAGUACGUUUGUGUAUACUUCAGUGGGGCGUGCGAAGAGGGCGAGAAGUGCGACAAGAUUCUAGACGAUCUGGAGAACAUUGACGAUGAGCUCGAUGAGGCGGGUAUCAUUUUCGUCACCACCGAAGAUACAGUCACCGCCAAGAAGUACAACAUCAAAACGCUCCCGGCUCUGGUAUUCUUCCGCAACAAGGAUCCUCUGCUCUUCUCCGGUGACUUGAAUGACGAAGACGAGGUUCUAACCUGGCUAACCGAUGAGGAGACUCUGGAGAUCCCCGGAAAGAUUGAGGAGGUCAACAUUAAGAUGUUGGAGAAAAUUCUCUCCGAGAAUGAACACAUUGUUGUCUUCUUCUAUCAUGACGAAGACAAGAAGGCGCUGAAGAUUAUCAACGAGUUGGAAAACAUCGAUGAUGAAUGCGAAGAAAAGGAUAUCGACUUCGUCAAAACUUCGGACGAUGAUGUAGAGAAAGAAUACGAUCUUGAAUCGCUGCCAGCGCUAGUUUUCUAUCGCAACAAGUUCCGUACUAUUUACUCUGGUGACCUGAUGAACGAAGAGGAGAUUCUCGAGUGGGUUCUGGAUCAGUACGAAUCGAAACCGGAGGUGAUUGAAUCGGUUGACCGCAAGACUCUUCAGGUGCUUGUCAACGAGGUUGAGCACCUUGCUGUGUUGUUCUAUGACGAUGAGUGUGAGACGUGCCCAAAAAUUCUGGAAAAAUUGGAAACCAUCGACGAUGAUACGGACAAACACAACAUUCAGUUCGUCAAGGCUAACGACGAGAAACUGGCUCACGAGAUCGGUAUCUUCUCGUUCCCGGCUUUGGUUUACUACGAAACAGGGGUCCCGAUUAUGUAUGAUGGUAAUCUCAAGAACGAAAAGCGCAUCUUGCAGUGGCUAAUUGAUCAUAAAAGAAAGUAUGAUAUCAAACAGAAGUACAGUGGCGGUCAGAAAAAAGAACGCAAGAUGGUCAUUUUCUCUGACCCAGAAGAAGAGGCAAGAAUUGCCCGCCUACAGGCUGAAGCUCGGGCUCGAUCGGGUGUACCAGAAAAGUCCAUCCUUAAACCUCCACCUGGCGUUCCACUAAACGUACUGUAUAAUCCCAAACCAAUAGAUAAAAAAUUACCGAAGCCUACGAAAUCCAAGCAAAGGGAUGUCCCCGAUUACAUCGAUAGAGAAGAUAGAAUUGAUAAGAAAAGGCCCAAACCAACCAAACUGAAACCGAUUCCCAAGAUACAAUCCACCACAACCACCACCACACCCACAAAACCAGAGCCAUCCAAAAAGUCCAAAGAUAGUAACAAAGAAAAGAGUAAACCACUGAGCAAGCCUCAGUUAACGAAAGUGGUACCGGGAAAGCCCAAAUCCGACAAGAGGAAACCAGAUGAAGAAGGUGAUCUUCUGAAUGAGUACGACGUGAUCGACUGGAUGAAGGAUCAAAAAACAGACGAGAGCAUCGACGAGGUUGACCGCGAUGAACUGCUCGAGUACAUCGAGAAGAAGGACUUCUUGGCUGUGAUAUUCUAUUUAGAAGACGACGAAGACAGCCCCAAAAUUUUGCGCCACGUCGAGUUGAUCGACGAUGAGGCAGCGGAAUACGGAAUCCUGAUGGUGAAAUGCUCCGACCGAUUGAUGGCCAAGAAGUUUGGCUUCCGGAAACCUCCGGGUGUAACGUACUUCCGCAAAGGAAAGCCCAUCAAUUACGACGGAGACAUCGACGACGAGGAGGAGCUCCUUGAUUGGCUGACCAAUCCGCACAACAUGGAGAUGACCGAUCAUAUCGAGAAAGUCAACCGAAAGAUGUUCCAGAAGAUUCGCCAGGCGUCGGAUUACCUAGCUGUGUUCUUUUACAGUGAGGAUUGCAAACAGUGUCCCCGAGUCCUGGCCGAAAUCGAGCACAUUGACGACGAAGCUGAUGGAGCUGGUAUCAACUUUGUGAAAAUCGACGACAAACAGAUGGCCAAAGAGUUGGGUGUGUACGCACUGCCUGGUAUUGUAUUUUUCAAACUUGGCUCCAAGGAUCCCGUCAUCUACGCGGGCGACCUGAAUGAUGAGGAUGAAAUCCUGAACUGGCUUAUGACUCAGAAAAAUCCUGGCGGUGACAUAAUUGAAGACCUGAACGGAUCCAAAUUGUUGGGCCUCAUAGAAGAAUCGAACGCACUAGCCGUUUAUUUUUGGAACAAGACUACUUGCGAUAUAUGCAAUUCAAAGCUCGCUCGCAAGCAACGUAAGGCCAAAGAACGGAGUAGGUUUCAGAGCGUAACCUCCACCGAGGCGUUAGAUGAUGCUAUGUCCGAGGAAGCAAACGCAACAGAAGGAACUUCUGCAGCAACCGAGGAUUCUGAUAAUUGUGAGCAGUGUUCAGGAGUUUUGGAAUCGUUGGAAAACAUUGACGAUGACUGUGACCGACACGGAAUCAUGUUCGUGAAAACUGAUGACUACACCAUUGCGGAACAUUAUGGCAUUUCUGAGUAUCCAGUCCUAGUAUACUUUGAAGAAAACGUUCCAAAUGUGUUUGAAGGUUCAUUGGACGAAGAGGAAGAAGUACUGCAAUGGCUAAUUACCCAAAAGACCGAGGAUCGCAUUGAGCUCAUCACUCGAGUUAUGCUCGAGGGCAUGGUCGAUGAAACCCAGUAUCUCGCUGUGUACUUCUAUAAAAACAAGUCACCCUCUUACUGCCGAAGUUUUUGUUCAGCUGAAAACAUACGUAAACGACAGGAAAUGACUCGAGCGGGCGUAACAGAUAAGAUCAACUGCAACAUUUGCGAUCAAAUCCUAGAGGGUCUUGAAGUAAUCGAUGACGAGCUGGAUGUGUUCGGUAUCCAUAUGGUAAAAAUUCAGGAUCCCCAGCUGGCGAAACGAUACUCGAUUAAAACCUUCCCGGCAUUGGUUUACUUCAGGAACGGCAAUCCUUUGAUCUACGAGGGAGACCUCCAGAGCGAGCAAUCGGUUUUGGAGUGGCUGAUCGAUGACGAUAAUCGCGAGCUGGCCGAUGAAAUCGAGGAAGUCAAUGAGCGUAUGCUGGACAGAUUGAUGGAACAGUCUCCAUUGCUCUGUGUAUUCUUUUAUGACGAAGACUGUGCGGAAUGUGACGAUAUUCUUGAAGAAUUGGAACUCAUCGAUGGGGAAGUUGAUUUGUACGGUAUUGAUUUUGUGAAGGUAGCGAGUCUGGAUGCCGCUCACAAGUAUGGAGUUACCACAAUUCCCUCAUUAGUUUAUUACAGAAAACAACUUCCAAUGCUGUUUGAUGGCGAUCUACAUGAUCACCAGCGUGUCAUGAACUGGUUAACAUCACAGGACGUUUUCGAAAUAAAGAACGAAAUCGAAGAGGUCAACAGAAAAAUGCUAAACAAACUCCUGGACGAAAACGAAUUUCUCGCAGUAUAUUUCUUCGAAGAAGACCACGCCGAAAGCGAGGCCGUUCUAGAGAGGCUCGAACUAAUCGAUAGCGAAACCGACAAUCUUGACAUUACCUUUGUCAAGAUGGGAGAUCCACGAUACGCUCGGAAAUGGGGUGUCACUAAGCUUCCAGCAAUCGUUUACUUCCGUAAGCGAUUCCCCAGCAUCUAUCGUGGCGAUAUGUAUGACGAGCAGGACGUUCUAGAAUGGCUCCGCAAGAAUCGCUUCCGGCAACCAGAGCUUAGCCUUCUAAUGUACGGAUGCAUUGCGAUUGGUCUGGGAUUCAUCGUGUACACCGCAUUUUUGCUGCAAUGUUUCAAACCAACUCCGCCUGCCCCAGUUCAGCAUCCCAAACAGAAUUAGCGGUCUUCCUAGAAACCCACGACAGUCCAUUGACAGAAAAGAAAACUGUCGAAAGACAUUUUUAUAUACAUUUUAGGUUAUUUUAGAAAGAAAUCGCAUGUUUGUCUUAAAUUAUUGUUUUGAAUCGCGGUUACCCAAAAUUACUCGUCGAUCUAAACCACAUGUUGAAAGCACUCGACUUUUAUUUACACAUUCGUUAAACAGCGAGCACUAUGAAAAUUUCUUCUCAAUUUUAUUUGAUACAGAAUAAGUUUGGCAGAAAAACUCAAAGGGUAGAUAAUUAUGAGAAAGUUGAACUACGUGAGAAUACGAAAAAACAUAAAAAUUGAACGAUGCAUUUUAGUGGACGUGUUGGACUGAUGUAAAGGAUGCGAAAUAUUAAUUUUAAGUCAGGGAUAUUCUGAACCUGCUGGAGCCAAUUUUGUCACCAAUCGUUCCACACUAGCUAGGGCCGUAUCAUAACUUGAAACGAUGAGAUCGAAAUGAAGAAUACACGAGCGAAAUUAAGAACCUAAACAAUCCAAUCUCUUUCAUUAGUAUAUCUCCUCUCUCUCUCCCCCUUCACUCCCUCUUUAUCUGAUAAAGCGAAAAAUAACAUCACAUUGCAAACAACGAAGAGAACAACACGAAAGUCGGUUAACUUGUGGAAGCACUGUAAAUAAGGAAACAUUAAUUUGUAGAGGUCAAGUUAGGUUAAUAUUAUUUGUUCUGACAGUGACAUAAAGAAACAGAUUUAUCUCUUUAUAAUUGAUUUUUGAAGUACUACAAUUUGGUCUUUAAUCUUCAGCAUACUGUCGCGUUUUUUAAAUAAUCUUUAGUAAGUUAAUUAUGUGAUCCGUGUAAUGUAAUAAUGUGAAUAAAACAUAGCUGCCGUUGACAUA